AAGAAAAAAAACAGUAAGUGGCUGGAAGACAGAGUGUUGUGUUUUCUUGCAGACGUCACAGCCCGACCACAGACAGCAGAACUACGAAACGAAUAGGAUCAUACCAAGACAGGACAGAGAAGUUCAAUCUGACACAUCAAAACAUACAACAUUACAGCAGAAGGACAAAGUUGACUCCCGAGGCGACUCUUUAGGGAAUAUCUGAAUAAUAAUAAAUAUUAUGUAUGCAUCGUGACCAGUCACUGCCAUAAAGGGUCCGGGCUGGAAAAAAGGGACUGUUUAUGGUUUUCCGUUCGUCCCCCUCUCUUUCUCUCCGACAAAUCGGCGGAGGUUUUGCGCACAACCGGGAGGCGCCGCUGGCUGACGGCAGAAGGGAAUGAAAGUUUGCCAGGCGGGGAGGAAUAUUAUUCGACGGAAACACUUCUUGUUUUUGACACCAGGACUGCAUAUUUCAAUGCUAUACACGUCGUAGAGUCUUUAAAAACUGUGGACAUUAACGAAGCCGAGCAGUGAGGUCGAAAUCAACACAGAAAUCCUGUUUAAGGCGUGUGCGUGGGUUGCGCCGUAACAUGACGGCUGUGGCAGAUUGACGCGGAUAUCACGAGCGCCGCUGUUCAGGAGCUCGGCUUCAGACUUCUCUUCUUUAUUUGCAUAUUUUGUGAUUUAUACGGCUCGUGUAUAUAUCAGUCUACUGUUUUUGACUGAGGUAGGCUUGUCUUAACUUACGCAGUGCUGCCAAAAUGAGCGAAGAGACGGAGCGCAGUGUGGCACAUCUGACUCAAGCUCAUGUGAAUGUUGCCAUGCAAUCUUCAGGAUUAUAGGCUCAAUCUCAGCCUUUAUCAUCGAUUAAUGCUCGCUAGGCAUUUCUCGAUCGCCUCCGUCUAACAGUCGCCCGAAGAACCGGAUUGCUUGGCCUUAAAGAACCUUUUGUUCCCGGGUAAAGAAGAAACAAACAUUUUAUGGUCCGAAAUCCUGCAGCUGUUGUCGUUUAAACUGGUCGCGCCGGGGACGAGCCAAAUGUUUCUCCGGGAACCUCACAAGUUUUUCUGAACUGUCCCUUUAAAAAAAAAAACAUUGUGAUAAAAUAAUAUCGCAGUCGUAGCUGCACUUCUGGAGUACCUAUUUUGAAUUUGCUUAAGAAAUCUUGUAAAAAUGUCAGAAAACGCACCUACGCGGAGUCUGGAUGACAUCGACCUGGCCGCCCUGCGGGACCCAGCAGGAAUCUUCGAGCUGGUGGAGGUGGUGGGUAACGGCACCUACGGACAAGUGUACAAGGGUCGUCAUGUUAAGACGGGUCAGCUGGCAGCCAUAAAGGUCAUGGAUGUGACCGAGGAAGAGGAGGAGGAAAUUAAAGCUGAGAUUAACAUGCUGAAGAAGUACAGUCACCAUAGGAACAUCGCCACCUACUACGGAGCCUUUGUGAAGAAAACCCCAAACCUAAACAACAACAUUGUAUGGUUGGUGAUGGAGUUUUGCGGCGCCGGCUCAGUUACAGACCUGGUGAAGAACACAAAGGGCAGCUCUUUGAAAGAAGACUGGAUUGCUUACAUCUGCAGAGAAAUACUUCGAGGUCUGUCUCACCUUCAUGCUCAUAAAGUCAUCCACAGAGACAUCAAGGGACAGAAUGUACUGCUUACAGAGAACGCAGAGGUUAAACUUGUGGACUUUGGGGUGAGCGCACAGUUGGAUCGUACAGUCGGCAGAAGAAACACUUUCAUUGGCACUCCAUACUGGAUGGCCCCAGAAGUCAUUGCCUGUGAUGAGAAUCCCGACUCCACCUAUGAUUACAGGAGUGAUAUCUGGUCUCUGGGAAUCACCGCUAUAGAGAUGGCUGAAGGAGCACCUCCGUUGUGUGACAUGCAUCCCAUGCGAGCUUUGUUCCUUAUCCCACGGAACCCUCCUCCUAAACUGAAGUCCAAGAAAUGGUCUAAGAAGUUUAUUGACUUCAUCGAGGGCUGUCUUGUGAAGUCAUAUCCGAGUCGUCCAUCCACAGAGCAGCUACUGAAGCACUCGUUCAUCAGAGACCAGCCCACUGAGAGACAAGUCCGCAUCCAGCUCAAAGAUCACAUCGACCGCACACGCAAGAAACGUGGUGAAAAAGAGGAGACCGAGUACGAGUACAGUGGUAGUGAUGAAGAGGAUGAGAACAGAGGAGAUGAGAGAGAAUCCAGCUCUAUUUUGAAUGUUCCUGGUGAGUCGACGUUGCGGAGGGAUUUCCUGCGGCUGCAGCAAGAAAAUAAAGAGCGCUCAGAGGCCUUAAAGAGACAGCAGGCACAGCUCGCCGCUCAGCGCAGAGACCCCGAGGAGCACAAACGCCAGCUGCUGCAUGACCGACAGAAACGGAUAGAGGAGCAGAAAGAACAGAGGCGUCGCUUGGAGGAGCAACAGAGGAAGGAGAGAGAGAUUGUGCGGCAGCAACAGGAUAAAGCUCCUCACCGUAGACUCGAUGACAUGAGGCGAGAGGAGGACAGGAGGAUGGCAGAGAGAGAGCAGGAGUAUAAGCGUAAACAGCUGGAGGAGCAGAGACAGUCUGAGAGACUUCAGAGACAGCUGCAGCAGGAGCACGCGUACCUCGUCUCACUGCAGCAGCAGCAGCAACAAGACAAGAAACCACAGAUGUACCACUACAGCAAGAACCUAGAGAACAACAAACCAGCCUGGGCUAGAGAGGUUGAGGAGCGCAGUAAACUGAACAGACAGGGCUCUCCCAAAAUCUGCACUACAGUUUCGGACACCAAUAUCCAGUCUCGUUCGGAGUCAAUCAGCCAAUCAGGUGCUGCACAGACUCCACCAAUGCAGAGACCUGUGGAACCACAGGGUGGGCAGGGAAAGUUCCAGAUGGCCCACCUGGUGCCUUUAAAACCGUAUGCCGCUCCUGUCCCUCGCUCUCAGUCUCUUUGCGAUCAGCCCACUAAGACCAUGUCCGCCUUCCCCACCCAGGAUCCCUCUCCCACACCCACACCUCGUCCUCUACACUCUAGAGAACUAGUCCGUCAAAACUCUGACCCCACUUCAGAGACCCCUGCCCCUCAGUCUCGGCCAAUGAGGGAAGACCGGGGACCCUGGAUCCGUCUUCCUGAGAUUGAGCAACCUCCCAAAAUUCCUCAGAGAACAGCCUCCAUAGCCACUGCACUGAACACAAACCUCUCCUCCGGCAUCAGACACCCAGUUCGAGCAAGUAAUCCUGAUCUGAGUCGCAAUGAGCGCUGGGAGAGAGGAGAUAGCAUCAGCAUCAUGUCCAACCUGCCACAGACCGGCUCUCUAGAGAGACACCGCAUACUCAGUUCGUCCAAGAUGGAUUCCUCCCCCACCCUUUCUCAUGACAGCCGACACAAACCAGGAGAAUCCCGAACCUCAUCCAGACCCAGCAGACCAGCGAGCUAUAAGAGAGCAAUAGGAGAGGACCACGGUCUGUACUCGAAGGAGCGGGCAGAGGAGCAGCCGCGGCCCCCGGUGAAGGCUAAUGACUACUCCUCUUCCUCAGAAAGCAGUGAGAGCAGUGAAGAGAGUGAGAGUGGAGAGGGAGCAGAAGAGGAGAGCCCUACUGACCGCCCACGUGAUGCAGAUUCUGACUCUGUGAACACUAUGGUGGUCCAUGAGGAGGAGGAAGGUGAAGGAGGAGACGAAGAACGUGCCGGGGGGUAUGGAGACCAAACCAUGCUUGUACAGAGGACUCCAGAGAAGCGUAGUCAUAAUGGAUACACCAACCUGCCUGAUGUGGUUCAGCCCUCCCACUCCCCCACAGACUCGGCCUCCCACUCUUCCCCUGGGAAAGACUCUGCCUAUGAUUAUCAGUCCAGGGGAUUGGUGAAGGCCUCUGGAAAGUCCUCUUUUACUACCUUUGUGGACCUUGGAAUGUACCAGCCGUCAGGGGGCACAGGAGAUAAUAUGUCUGUUGGAGGUCUGGGCUCUCGUUUUGAGCAGUUGAAGAUGGAGGUGAGGAAAGGCUCCAUGGUUAAUGUCAAUCCCACCAACACUCGUCCAGUUAGUGACACUCCUGAAAUCCGCAAAUACAAGAAGAGAUUCAACUCUGAGAUCCUCUGUGCUGCUCUCUGGGGUGUGAAUCUGCUGGUAGGAACAGAGAAUGGUUUAAAGCUGCUGGAUCGGAGCGGCCAGGGGAAAGUUUAUCCACUUAUCAACUCGCGCAGGUUUCAGCAGAUGGAUGUUCUGGAGGGACUGAACCUCCUCAUCACUAUAUCAGGCAAGAAGAAUAAGGUGCGUGUGUAUUAUCUGGCCUGGCUGAGAAAUAAAAUCCUACAUAAUGACCCAGAGGUGGAGAAGAAACAGGGCUGGACCACUGUAGGGGAAAUGGAGGGCUGUGUGCACUACAAAGUUGUGAAAUAUGAAAGGAUUAAGUUUCUGGUUAUCGCUAUGAAGAAUGCAGUGGAGGUUUACGCCUGGGCUCCCAAACCUUACCACAAAUUCAUGGCCUUCAAGUCAUUUGGAGACCUGCCACAUAGACCUCUGUUGGUUGACCUCACAGUGGAAGAGGGUCAGAGGUUAAAGGUCAUCUACGGGUCAAGUGCUGGCUUCCAUGCCAUUGAUGUUGACUCUGGAAACAACUAUGACAUCUACAUUCCCGUACAUAUCCAGUCACAGGUGACUCCUCACGCCAUCGUGUUCCUGCCCAAUUCAGAUGGGAUGGAGAUGCUGUUGUGUUAUGAGGAUGAGGGUGUUUACGUCAACACAUAUGGACGCAUCAUUAAAGAUGUGGUGCUGCAGUGGGGAGAAAUGCCCACAUCUGUGGCCCACAUCUGCUCUAAUCAGAUUAUGGGCUGGGGAGAGAAAGCCAUUGAGAUCCGUUCUGUUGAGACGGGACACCUGGAUGGAGUCUUCAUGCACAAGAGAGCUCAGAGGCUUAAGUUCCUGUGUGAAAGAAACGACAAGGUGUUUUUUGCAUCAGUGCGCUCAGGUGGCAGCAGUCAAGUCUACUUCAUGACUCUCAACAGAAACUGCAUUAUGAACUGGUGAAAGAGCUGCCACAUAAACAGAUUCUGCUGUGUGCACACAUACAAACACUGAAGAGAUAGUCCUCACACAUAACAACACCCACAUACACUCUCACACUCUGUAAAUACACAAACACACACACCUACGUAUAGAACACACACACACACAGUUAUUUACUUCACAUCUUCCUGAAGACACUCCUUCAUUCUCCUGUGAUCUCUGAGCCAACUGUACAAGGCGUGUGUGCGUCUGCCAUGAGCGCGCUGCUGACCUCUGACAGAGCAAUGUUGUGUUCAUCUGAUUCCACAUGGGUUAGCUUUCAGCUCACUGGGGCCAACGUUCCUCACUGCUAAUAUUUCUGACCUUUUUAGGACCAGACAAAAAAAGACUAAUUGUACAUUAUUCUACUAGAAAUCGUUCAAUUGUUGCUCGUCUUGUGACGCAGCAGCGGUGUGUGCGUGUGUGUGAGAGACUUUAUAAGCUGCUCUGAGCAGCAGAAACAACUUGAAACCACAGUGGUGUGAGGUGGUACUGCAACAUCUGUAAUUUUCCAUUUCCACUGUACAGUGUAGUAGUCGUUUGUUCUUGGUUGCAUUCAGAGUUUCAGAUAAAAGUGAUAUACUGUUUUCUUUCAACAAGUAGAAGUUUAGAAACGGAUUUAAAAAUACAAGUUUUAACCUAUUCUGAGACGGCUUCCCUUCUGAGCAAGGGAAGGUUUUUCGCUUUCUUGAUGUAUAAACAAUAAUCUGACGCCUAUGUCACCAAACUGUUUGUUUGAUGGAAACGGCGGUGGCCGCUUACGGAGCAGAAUCCAGUGUUUUGCUUUUCCACUAGUCAGCUGGUGAGACCAAGUCACCCACAAUGAAGCAACAGUCUCUGCUUUCGCGUUUCAAUGCACUUUUUUCUUUCUAUGUGGGAAGUAUCAUCAUAUCUACUACAGUUUGAUAUUCUCCGUACGUAAGCGUAUUUGGUAUUACUCCUACUUUUAUUAUCUGCUGUUCUAUAGCUGUUCUAUUGCAAUACGUGCUGUGUGCUCGUUCUUGUUCGAAGUUUUACGAGGGAGUUUCUCUUGGGUUAUUUUGAUUUUAGACAGGAAGAUACAGUAAGUUAACUCCGGAUAUGAUUGAAAGCGCUUUUUGGCAGCAUAAACAUAUAGUUCACAAUGUAAAUUGUAUGUAACAGCCAUGAUCAUAUACUCAUUUGUAUUCAGUAGGCACAUGAUUUUUUUUAGGUCUGUGUAAUACACUUGAGAGCGAUUUCAUAACCGAGUCGUGUUUGUGCUGUCAAAAGUGCUUGAUUGCUUAUGGGAGGUGUAGUUCUUUUAGGCAGGCUUGUAGUUCAUCAGGGAUGUGUGCAUUUGAUCAGACUUUUUUCUUUGAUAUUUGGACCCCACCAUUAGCAACACAAAAGUCAUGUUUUAGACGAAGACUUGGGUGGAUUGGAGCAAGAAUAUUCUUUCGUUUAUCUGACAGUGUGCAAAUGAGCUGCAUGUGUGUGUAUGCGUGAGUGAGUGAGUAUCAGUGGGAAAUAUUCAACAGUAACAUAUAGUGGGAUCAGUAUAAAGCAAUAGUUAAAGGAUUAUUGACGGGUUUGUGCUCAGCUCUGCAAUACUAGACCAGAGAUUUUUCUCAAGCGUUUCACUCAUUUCCAUGCAGAUAAUCAGCAUUUACCUAAAAAGAAUACCUUCACAAUCUUCACCCUAUUUGAUGGAGAUAGUAUUAUACCAUUAUAUCACUUAAAUGCUGCCUUUACAAAUAAACGUUUGUGUACACCAAUCACAGAAGAGUUCUAAACAGUUUUGUAGUUAUGAACACUAAAUGAUUUUAGCACUGAUUUGUACAGAAGCUUGUGGCGGUACAAUCAUCAUCUAUUAAUACCUAAUAGCCCCUCCCACUGGACAUAUUGCCUGCUGUCGCACAGUCUAGACGAGCACUAAACACCGAUGACACAUUCAGUAAGUCAUUAUUAAAAUAUGGCAGUGCAACACUUCAGACAAAUAAUUAUAAAUAGUUGCAUUUCAGAGAGAGUUAGAUUUUUCAUCAUCUGUUAGUGGGCAAAAUUAAACCGAACAGAUUCACUCUCUCUGAGAUUUACUUGGUUUGUGCCCCUCAUCCUUACUUUCUUUCUCUUACUUGCUAUAGAACUUAAGCAUUUUCCUGCUUAGUAAAUCAAACUGCCAUGUUUACUGAAAUAACAGUGCCUUGGAUUGGGGUUGGGUGUAUUUGCUUGAUUGUGUGCAUGUGUGUGUGUGGGAGAGCGUUGAGCAUGUGAUUGUUUUAAUAAGAACUGAAGUUCAGGGAAGAGAAAAGUCCAGUGCGCAGUUAGGAGUCUUGUGCCAACAAAGUGCACUUAAACUGACAAUAGCCAGAGUACCAAAACAGGCUCUUCUCACUAUGUUUUAGCACAAAAGCCAUGCCAUAAUGAGUUCAUUCCUCCAGUUUAAAGGCAGUGCAUUCCUCUGCAGUAUUUAGAUGUUUGCUUACCACCAAAUUACAGUCCAAACGCCCUACAGUUACAUGACAAGACCAGCUCUUUGUUGUGGAGUGCAUGAUGGUGAUGCUUUUAGCUCGUAUAUCAGUGGCUGUAUCGUUUCACCAAACAGGGAAAGCCUCUGGUUUUCAUGCUGGAGGUUCACGAAAGGUUCGGGUUGUCAUGGUGAGGAGCUGCUCGCAUGCGUGUGAUGUAACAGUCCCCAGCAUUCCCAAGAGCUCUUGGAAUUUGGUGCGAUUUUGCCUUUAUGCUUAAUAGUAAAUGUGUAUAACUGCGUUCACACUAAUGGAUUGACAGAUUUUACGUUUUUAUAGAAGAAUUAUGAUGUAAGGAAUAACGAAAUUAAAACAGAGUGGAAAUAUGGUUUGCUAAUUAGAUAAGGAGUUUAUAUUAAGAUUACAAUGGCCUGUCAGGAUGAUGGAAAUAGAGGAAAUAUAUAUAUAAAUCCCUGAAAUCUUCUUUUUUACCUAGAUGUACAUUUAUAUAAAGGAUUUAAUGAACGUAACCUUAAAAAAUAGAACUGAAUAAAAGAAUGCAAUGUUAUAUAGCAUUUUUCUGGUUGAAGAAUAAUCAUUCGAGCACAAAGCUUCUGCCUGUCGAGCUGUACAUACGGCUGUACUUUCAUUUAGACUCGUCUCUCUCCCCUCUUUUUCCAAGUGAGUGUUAUAAAAGAGAGCGUGUGGGUGUGCGACUGUGCAUGUGUGAAUCGGAGAGCUAUUUUUGAUCCGCGUGUGUGCUGUUCAUUAUUCCCUCAGAGGAAAGAGUGUGGGGGGGCGGGAGAGAAAAGACAAGACCAGUCGAUUGAGGACCAGAAUGAUCAAACAUACAUAAAUCAUCACUGGACUCAAGCCACAGAUGCGACUCCGGUCAUGUUUGUAAAUGCCACUGACGAGCAGUUGAACAUUUUAGUCUUUCGACAGCAGCUGACCACAGUACAAAAGCUUGUAUUGAAAUGUAAUUCCAUGUGUCUGGGGUUGUUCUGAAGGUACACACGUUGUUGGCUUUAUUGUGGACGUUAUUGAAUGUAAUCAGUUUGUUUUAUUCUGGUCUAUUAAACUGAUCUGUCGGAUUGAAGGUUUGUAAGACUUUUACAGAAUCCAUGGUUUAGGUGCACAUGUAAAGAGGAUAUUUUACACUCCAUCCCCCAGAUUUGAACAAAUGUUUAUCAUUAAAUGCCUGUUCUCUUUUAUAUCCAACGAGAGCAUCAUUUUAAACCAAUCAGUCUUUAAAAAGCUAGACUAGUUCAUGUGUAGCAGUCUUCGAGAGACGCGGAGCUGUCUGGUUUUGGUUUUAAGGCCUUUACUGCUGUGUUUGAGGUUAUUUAUCUACUCUACAUGCUAUUAGCACUCUGCUAACAAGUGGCAUUUCUCUUGUCGUUCUCUAGUAAUACAAAGUUAAUCCCUUAGCUGAUUUUUGUAAAAUAUUUACUACUCCAAAAAAAAAAGUUCAUGAUUUGUAGUUCUUUUACUUUGUGAUUUUGGUUCAGUCUCAUAGCAGUAGCCAGGAGAGGUUAAAGGUUGUUUUGGAGGUCUUGAUAAAGUUGAUCCUCUGUGAUGGGUUGAUUAUCAUUCUUUUCAUUUAGUUUUUAAAAGUUUUUAUGUUUCAGGAAAAAAGAAAAAAAAAAGUUGAUGUUUUGGACAUAUUUUUAGUGUUUCUGUUUAGGAGAGGCAAUGCUUCAGAUGAUUUUAAGUCUUAAAGAUUGAAUGCAUUCACAAGUCUGUAACGUCUCAAUACAGCAUUAUUUGAAAAUUAAAAAUAACUUGAUCUCUGUUAAA